CGAAAGUAGCCUGUUCCGUUGUCCGUUGAUGAAGAAAAAACGAAAGUAUCCAUCAUAAUGAAGUAAAAUGAAAGAUGACCUCACUUACAUUUGUGCUGCCAGUAUUUUUACUGUAACAUCAAAAUCAAUAAACAUUCACAUACUAAGAAAGAGAGAAGUAUAUGUUUGAAAAGAAUUGGCGAUAGUUUAUGUUAUUUUGAAGUUAUUAAAGUGGAUUGAUUAAUAUUUACAAAUGAUUUACAACUUUAAGAAUGUUUGAGGUAUGAAAUAUACAGAUGAUGAUCUUCAAAGAAGGACAGAAUAUCUUACUGAUUCUUGUAUUUUUGAUAAAUGUCAUUGAUGGAUCUAGAAACUGUACAGCACCAUUGCGUGUAGCAUCAUGCCCUAAAAAUACCCAUGAAUGGAGGCAAAGAGCAAAGAACCAUUGCAAUAAUGAAGCUUAUUUAUAUCACUGUCUUGUUACACAAAAAGAUGAGCUUGUAGAAUGUUGCAUGACGCUAGAGAUAGUAGAUGCAGGUCAGUUUCCACAGUACAACACAUUGAACAACAAGAUACAGAAAAUAGACUGUGAUAUUGAUUAUUAUAUGCCAUCCAAAUGGCCCUCCAAUGAGAUACUUAAUCAUGGACCUAGACAUUGCAAAUAUGAAAAAAGUAAAUGUAAUCUAAUGGGCAUGAAAAUUUGUUCGGAUGGAAAUACAAAAACAGAUCGAACAUGUAAAUGUGAUUAUAUGAACAAGUAUGUACCAGAAAUGAAUAUCAGUACACCAUGCUUCGACCAAAGUAAAAGCGGAUGUAUACCAACAAAGGAUUGUCCCGGUAAAAACGAAGAAAUAAACAUGGAAUACAAGUGUAUUCAAGUUUGUGAUCCAGGAUUUUAUCGACCAGAAGGAAGAAUGAAUUGUACAGUAGUGCUUGAAAGUACAACACAAAAUACAGCCACUAACACUGACGAUACAACCAAAGACACGAAAGAUGAUAUGAGAAGUAAUAUGACGAAUCCAACAGAUUUUAAGACAACAGUUGCUAUACUAGUUGUAGUAGUAUUUGCUGGUAUUUUGGCUUUAUUGGUCUAUUUUGUCAAAAUUGGUAAACUACAGGAUAUUGCAUGCUGUAGCUGGAUUAUAAAUAAUAUCACCGCAAAGAACUACCAGGGAGGUACUAGAAAUACAAUGAUUACAGGUGAAGAACAGGCUCCACUAAUAAUAAUACAAGCAGUUAAGGAUAAGCAUAAACCUAAAGUUGGAAGCUCAGUGGAUCUGAAAUAUAUGUUAGGAAAUGGGAAUAGUUCAUCUUCUGGAGUAGAAUGGUUUAAAGAUGGAAAACCUAUUCAGAUCUGUUCCACCAAAUAUAUAGAGACUACAAACACCUCAUAUCCAUCCUUAAAAAUUGAUGACAUCACUGUACACGAUACUGCAGAUUACAGUUGUAGAGUUAAUGGGAUUGAUAGUGUUAUAAUAGCAGUGUCAGUGCAAGAACCAGUCAUAAAAUUACAAAAUUCCUACAAUGUUAGUUGUGGUGACAAUUUAACCAUUGGUUGUGAAAUGAAAAACUUUCCAGAUGAAUUGUCUUUUGAAGUGUGUUGGAAAAAGAGGAAAGAAUUAAAAGAUCAGGAUCAAAUUUUAGAACCUAGUGAUAAAUAUGGUGAAACAUAUUCAGAUUAUCCUCACCUGACUAUUUAUAGGAUAUGUAAAGAGGAUGAAGGGCACUACUCAUGUUGGAUUUCAUAUGAAAUAUGCGGAAGAACAUUUCAGGUUCCUGAUGCCAGAACUGCUAUUAAGAAUAAUUUGACAACAGUGAAUGUUAAUGAAGGUAAAGUAGUUCAGCAUAUUGACAAGAAAAUAGAUGUAACUGUUAAUAAUGCAGGAACAGUAAAUAUGGGUGAUGGUGUGAAUGCCAACUUCCCAAACAGUACGGGUAAUUGUAAUGAUAAUAAAACAAGCAGUGGAUCCAGCAACCCAGGUGGAGUUAGUGAAAAAAGUGAUAGUAAUGUAUCAGAUUCAAGUGAAAAAAGAUUGAUCAGAAGCAAUGCUGAUGAAAAAAGCGCAGCUUAUACAAAUAACUCAGGUUCAACAGUAGGCAGCAAUCAGAUGGUUAAUACAAAUACUUCAGGUUUAACAGCAGGCGGCAAUCAAUUGGCUACAAACAAUGAUCAUAUGUUAGAUGUAAAUAAACCAAGAUCUACUUUAUUUUCUCAAAUACCAGUCACAGGUGAUGGUGUGAAUGCCAACUUCCCAAACAGUACGGGUAAUUGUAAUGAUAAUAAAACAAGCAGUGGAUCCAGCAACCCAGGUGGAGUUAGUGAAAAAAGUGAUAAAGAUGUUCCAACAAAACCAUCCUUAACAGAAUCAUAUGUUUGAUGUCUGUAAUAUAUAGAAUACUCUCAAAAGAUAUGAUGUGAAACCGGUGUCAAAUACUGCCCACAGCUGCUGAUCUCUUGCAUAUCACAUGACUUUGUGCAAAAUAUUCAACUGAGCAUUGGCAGUUCUUUUUAUAUGUAAUAUAUGUAUUGGUAAAGCCAAAAAUUUGAAUGAAAUCAUUAGUUUCAGUGAUUUGUGCAUAAUAUUUUUAAUUCAUACAAAAUCUUAUGUAUUUUUACAUCUGAUCUCAUAAAUUUGUUUAUAAGAUAAGAUAAGAUAAGAUAUUUUAUUUCCAAUUAUGGGCCCCAAAGGGCAUAAACAUUACAACAUCAAUAAUUUUUCAUAAUACAAUACAAACAAUGAGAUAAAAAAAAAAAAAGUUAAACGAGAACUAUUUAAGUUCUUAAAGAAUACGUAGAUAAAGAAUCUAUAGUAUGUUUUUUUUUUUAAUACUAAUGCAUUUUAUUGCAAGUGUGGUU